GCGUCCGGUUACACGUCGUGUGCGCCCAGCGCUGACAACUCGGGCUCAACCACUCCGGUCAGGAAGAUAUCGGCCCAUGAAUUUGAGAGGAGUGGCUGUUUCCUGAGGCCAAUGGUCUCGACCACUAUUGACGGCACGCCUACUUUCCUACCCAUUCCCGGCUCAGAUAAGGGCUCACAUGAGAACCUCAAUAAAGGACUGCCCGUCUCCAAGACCAGACAGGAGUUGGAGUCACUGAACGAAAGGGAACUCAUAUUUGAAUUGGUGAAAGACAUCUGCAACGACCUCGACGUGCGUUCCCUCUGCCAUAAGAUUUUGAAGAACGUCUCGAUCAUCGCCAACGCUGACCGAUGUUCUCUAUUCCUCGUAAAGGGAGAGAAAAAUGAUCCCAAUCGGUGUCUUAUAAGUCAAUUGUUUGACGUCUCGGGUCAGUCCACUAUCGAGCAAAUGGAGCAAAAGGAAGAGAUCACAAUACCCUGGGGUAAGGGUAUUGUGGGUUACGUGGCUGAGAGCGGCGAAUCUGUCAAUAUUCCCGAUUGUUAUCAGGACUCGCGGUUCAGCGAUGAGGUCGACCAGAAGACCGGUUAUGUGACCCGCAAUAUGCUAUGCAAUCCCAUUCUGGACAUAUACGGCCAAGUGAUGGGUGUGGCCCAAGUGAUCAACAAAACGGGAACUCCGUGUUUCACGGAGAAGGACGAGAAUGGAUUGGGACCGAGUUCUCGGAAAUUCUUU